UCAAAAUGAACCAUCAAUUAUUAUUUAUCUGUGCAUCUGUCAUGGUAUUCCAGAUUAUAUCAGGUCAGUAUAUUGGUCAAGGUGUAUAUGGCAACAAUUAUUAUCCGAAUGCUGUUGCUGCUGAAAUUAAUUAUGCCAAUAACAUGGCAUACGGUCCUCUAGCUUCUGAAGUCAUACCUGAAGUCGGAAGAUCAUUUAACGGCGGUGGAUUAAAAGUAACUAGCUAUUCACCAAUCUCUCCAACUGGUGUAACCGUUGAAUCUGAUAAUUUGAUGAUGGAAGGCCCCUUGGCCGUGAGCGGUCGAUUGCCAUUCUCAGGAGUUGUGUCCUUAGAGGGACCUUUGCCAGCAGCUGGUCACGGUGCUGUUGCGUACGCUUGUGGUGACGGUAAUGUUGGCAUCGUGAGUGAAACUAUAGAAAAUGGCUACGGACCAGGAUAUGCUAAUGGCUUUGGUGCCGCUGGAUUACCUGGCUAUAACGGAGUUGGAAAUGUACUAAAUAGACUUUAAGCCUAUUG